AUGAGCUCAAAAUCGUUGGGAAUGGGGGUCUUUCAGCGCACUUCUUCCGUCAAAGACGUCGACCACGCCCCCGUUACAUCUGUCCUCCCGGAUGGCGAUGUGCCAUAUACAGAUCAUGCGCUGGAUGCCGAUGAGCAGGUUAUUUUAGCGCUCGGUUACAAGCAAGAGUUUAAACGCGAGUUCUCGUUAUGGACAACCUUUUGCGUGAGCUUCGCUGUUCUCGGUCUGCUGCCGUCUUUUGCGAGUACGAUAUACUACGGCAUGGGAUAUGCUGGGACGGCAGGUAUGGUCUGGGGUUGGAUCAUAGCCAUGGUAUUCAUCCAAUGCAUUGCAAUGUCCAUGGCAGAGCUGUGCUCCGCCAUGCCCACGAGGUUUGCAUCCAGCAGCCCGGUCCAAACAAGGAUCAAGAAGCUAACCAAUAUUUACCCCAGUGGCGGUCUAUACUACGCAGCAGCCGUUCUCGCGCCCCCGGGAUGGGGCCCCUUCGCCGCAUGGCUCACUGGGUGGUCGAAUUGGAUCGGGCAGAUCACCGCGGCGCCUUCUGUAGACUAUGCGCUUUCUGCUAUGAUCCUGGCCGCUGGAUCUAUUUCUAACCCGGGUUACGUUCCUACGAACUGGCAGAUCUUCCUCUUAACAACCUUGGUCAUGAUCAUCCAUGCCGGUAUCAGCAGCAUGCCCACCAAGCGGGUCGCACAGUUCAACUCGUACGGCUCGACAUUUAACUUCCUGGCUCUUGUCGUAACGUUAAUCGUCAUUCCUGCGGCGACGAGGAACGACUUCACUCCUUCGAGCGAAGUAUCGGGCAAGAUAACGAAUCAGACAGAUUACCCCGAUGGAGUCGCAGUGCUGAUGACUUUCGUCGGUGUCAUCUGGACUAUGUCCGGCUACGACUCCCCUUUCCAUCUGAGCGAGGAAUGCAGUAAUGCGAACGUUGCGUCGCCCCGGGCUAUCGUGAUGACCUCCGCGUUCGGUGGUCUCUUCGGCUGGUUCCUCCAGCUUGUCGUUGCCUACACGGUUGUUGAUAUCGAGGCUGUCCUCGACUCUGAUCUCGGCCAGCCUUGGGCAUCGUAUUUGCUUCAGGUCCUGCCUCAGAAGGCGGCGCUCGCAAUCCUGGGUCUGACGAUCAUUUGCGGUUUCUCCAUGGGACAGGGGUGUAUGGUGGCCGCUUCACGUGUGACAUACGCCUAUGCGCGCGACGAUGUUUUCCCUUUUUCGAAUUUUUUCAAGGAAGUCAAUGGUUACACACAGACACCCGUCAAUGCAGUGAUUCUAAAUGCUGUCCUGGGGAUCCUGAUGUGUCUCCUGGUGCUCGCAGGGUCUGUUGCCAUCGGAGCCCUGUUCUCCAUUGGCGCUAUCGCCCAGUUCGUGGCUUUCAUUAUUCCGAUCUUUAUCCGUGUUUUCUUCGUGGGGGAUCGCUUUCGCAAAGGACCCUGGAAUCUUGGACGAUAUGGCCCCGCUAUUGGCGGCAUCGGAUGUUCGUUCGUGGCUCUGAUGGUGCCUAUUCUCUGCCUUCCCAGUGUCACGGGCCGUGAUCUGACGUUGGAUCUGAUGAACUGGACUUGCCUUGUCUACGGUGGUCCGAUGCUGAUCGUGACUAUCUGGUGGUUUGUUGAUGCCCAUCGCUGGUUUAAAGGUCCUAAAGUCAAUGUGGAACAUGCCGUCCACCCGUACGAUGAGGCUAUGGUCAGUGAAGGAGUCGAGCCGGCUAAUGUUCCAGUUCCGAGUCCAGACUCGGCCAAAGAAGAUAAGCCCUUAUCAUAG